CUGGCAACGUCAGCAUCCGAGACCCUCCUCCAGCUCCGACUGGAGCAGAGGCUCAGCAGCACACAGCCGCAGGUGCCGGUGGACGCAGCCGAGCCGUCGCUCUCCCAGGGAGCAGGGAGUAGCCGUGUCAGAAACUUCCACUGCAUUGUCUGGGAAAUCUUGGUCCAUGAAAAGUGUCUGAAGUCCCCUGACCCAAAGAAAUGCACUAAUUAAAUACUGCAGUGCUUCUGCUCUGAUUUGGAAAAGCAAGUGCUGUGCAAGUGAAACAGCAGACUUCCCUAAAGUCCUCUGAGGGCUGUAAAUAGUCUGCCAGGCAGAAAGCUUCCCUCUCCGUUCCUGCCAGCCCCACCAAAGAUUCUUGCUGCAGCUGGUUGAACAGGAGCCACUUGACUUCCCUAGCAGAGAACAGCUACAGCUCAAGGGAUGCUCCGAGAGAGAAGAGUGCCUCUGCUCAUAUAGGGAGAUAUAAUCCAAUUUGCUUUGCGCUUGGAGCCUUAUAGUGUCAUCUUCUUUUUCCUGCUCAUUUAAAAAAAUGUAACUUGUGCAAAGGUGGGGAAACAGGACAGGUAAGUUAGACGGUCCAUGCUGCCUCAGGACCCACUCUCUGAAAAUAACUCACUUCUAAAUGAGAGCACAGCUCCUUGCCAGCACAGACGAAAGGCUCCCUGCCAGGCUAAGGAGGCUCUUAGUGACACCUGAAGGUAGCCUGUGAUCAGCUCAAGCAGGCAUGGGAAACAGCUCUCUGUGGGAUGAUGGGAACAGCACCUGUUUCAAUGCAGGCAACAGCUGCUACCUGGACAGCAUCACAAAGUUCAACCUCACCUUCCAAGAACAGGCACCUGAUUUCUAUGUUGUCCUCCCUGUGAUUUACUCUGUGAUCUGCGCAGUUGGGCUCACAGGCAAUACUGCUGUCAUCUAUGUGAUCCUCAAGGCCCCCAAGAUGAAGACUGUGACAAACAUGUUCAUCCUGAACCUUGCCAUAGCCGAUGACUUGUUCACACUUGUCUUGCCCAUUAAUAUUGCUGAACACCUCCUUCACUACUGGCCCUUUGGAGAAGUCCUCUGCAAGGUCAUCUUGUCCAUAGACCACUACAAUAUCUUCUCCAGCAUUUAUUUCCUAACAGUGAUGAGCAUAGACAGGUACCUGGUAGUGCUCGCUACAGUUAGGUCCAAGAGGAUGCCACAUCGCACGUAUCGAGCGGCCAGGAUUGUCAGUUUGUGCAUCUGGGUCCUAGUCACCAUCAUAGUUCUCCCUUUCAUCGUCUUUGCCAACGUCUACAUAGAUGACCUGGAGAUCAAGAGUUGUGGCCUAAAUUUCCCCAAGCCUGAAAGGUUCUGGUUCAAAGCCAGCAGGAUCUAUACCCUCAUCCUUGGCUUUGCCAUUCCAGUAUCCACCAUCUGCAUCCUCUAUACCAUGAUGCUCUACAAGCUAAGGAACAUGCACUUGAACUCUAAUGCUAAAGCCCUGGACAAAGCCAAGAAGAAAGUCACUAUCAUGGUCUUCAUAGUGCUGGCUGUCUGCCUCUUCUGUUGGACCCCCUUCCACUUGGCCACCAUCGUGGCUUUGACCACUGACUUGCCCCAGACCUCCAUGGUCAUUGGUAUAUCCUACUUCAUUACAAGUCUAAGCUAUGCCAAUUCAUGCCUGAAUCCUUUCUUGUAUGCUUUCCUUGAUGACAGCUUUCGAAAAAGUUUCCGAAAGAUGCUGGAAUGCAGAACUUCUUAGAACAGCAGAUUGGGGCUCACAGAUCCCUCCCCUCCCCCAUACCUUUAUAGAGGCAACUCCGUAAACUCUUGAGGGGAUAGCUAACGAAUGCACAAGUGCUCUUUCUCUUUAAGAUGUAAUGUAUGUGCUUGUUUUAUUUUAUUGUUAUCAUUCACAUGGUUUGUACUGCUUACUUGCAAGUUUUGCAUUUUCCUCCUCUGCAUCUCCCAGCUUCUCAAAGCUGCAUUUUUGUACUCAUUUUUGUCACACCCUGAAGCACACUAAAGGCAGAAAACUACCUUUUCAAAGGUGUACUUCUGCUGCAUAACAGUCCUUUAUUGCCAUCUGCUGUACAGUACAGAAAAGCUGGGUUUCUUCCCAUAUACUGCUAUUGAAAAAGAUCAGCAUUUGGAGGUUGAUGCAGUCUUCAGUUCUUAAUAGAUUUAUUGGGAGGAUUGUUUCUUGGCGUAGGGUUAACUACUGCUCAUCAUAGUGCAUUAAGAAAACAGACAUACCAAAUGGAAGAUAAAUGAGUAUUUGGAAGAAAAAAAACUAAAUAUUUUCGUGUCCUCAUAUAUGCACAUGUGUUUUGGUUGUAUUUUUGAUUAUGAGGGAUGUCCCACUUUCCUGAACUGUUAAUACAAACUCAAAUUUAAACCAAAAGCAAAACUUGUAUCUCAAACACCAUGCAGAUACUACAGCAACUAUGUU